GCGCUCUCGCUCUCUGCUGUACGCGCGCGCGUGUGUGUGAGUGUGCAGGCAACAACAAUCUCGCAGUGUAUCCACCAAAAAUAUUUCCAGCCUCUCUCUCUCUCGCGCGCGUCGCCGCUCUCCCGCUCCCCAGCGCCCACACACAAAAAGGUACUGGCCGAAGAGCGCGCAAGCCCCCCUGUUGGAAUGUGGCUUUGCCGUUGACUGCGCAGUCGCAGCGUGGAGCAGCAGCGUUGUUAGUGUUUGACGAAGAGGUCAGCAGCAGCAGCAACAAUAAACGACGUUAAUAUACAAACAACAACGAAAAUUUAUGUAUAUACUACAAUACAAUUUACUGUUAUUUUGAUGACGCGCAGCCGAUGCUGAAAAGUGUGUGCAAAAAAUUAAAUAAGUGAAGCAAACAAAACAAAACAAAGAAAAAGUUAACCAAAAUAACAGCGACAAAAUUAAAGUGGAUUACGAAUCGACUCAACUUUAAACUCAACUUUAAACAAUAACAACAAUGCCGACAAUUGCAGACGCCAACGUUGGCAGCGCGUAAGCAGCAACAAUAUUUCGAAAGAGCGCGCUGGAUACGGAAAAUGAUGCAGUAUGCGAGCAUUUUGCACCGUCAGCGCGCCAUUGGAAGCAUGCGCGUCCUCAGCCGAGCAACUGUCACCCGGCUCCCGAUUCCUGGCACUGCGACUGCUGGGGCAACAGCAGCCGAAAACCUUGUACUUCCUAGUCGAUGCAAAGAGUCGCGUACGCGAGGUUUACACACAGACAUGUCUGCACUUUGCCACGCAGGGCAUGCAAGACACCGAGCUCUUCGGUCUGGCCGUGCUCAUAGAUGGCGAGUACAUGUUUGCAGAUCCCGAGAGCAAGCUCAGCAAAUACGGUCCGAAGAGCUGGCGUUCCUCGCAUACGCACGGUUUGGAUGCCAAUGGGCGUCCGCUCCUGGAGCUACACUUUCGUGUGCAGUUCUACAUUGAGAGCCCGUGCAUGCUGAAGGACGAGACGACGCGGCACAACUACUACCUGCAACUGCGGCACAAUGUGCUGCAACGCGAGCUGCCGCGCGACUAUGCGGAGCAGUCGCUGGUGCUGCUGGCGGCAAUGGCGCUGCAGGCGGAUUUGGGUGAUGCGCCAAGCACAGCGGGAGCAGCAGGAACGAGCAGCAAGUGCAAGCAGCCAAAGCAGAGCGUGACCACAACGCUGCCGAAAAUAAGAAAACGCCUAAGCAGCUACAAUGAGCGCAUGUAUCGCUUAUCGAAUUAUGUAAGCAGCAGCAUUAGCAAUGCGCCCAGAGACAGCGAAGCGGAUUACUUCAAGCUGGAGGAUUAUUUGCCCGCAGCGCUGCAAACAGCGCGUGCUAAGAGCGCAUUGCAGGCGUGUCAUCGCAAUCAUCAAGGACUAAAUGUAGCCGAUGCGGAGCUGCUUUAUAUACAACAAGCGUGUGCGCUGCAUGAAACCAUAAACGCGCACACUUACCGCAUGCGCUUGGCCAAGUCGGAGGCGGGUGUGGGCAGCGCUUGGUUUGUGGUUUAUGCCAAGGGCAUAAAGAUUCUAAGCGCUGGCGCUGCUGCUGCAGCAAGCGAACCAGCAACUUUUCUAUGGCCCAACAUUACCAAGUUAAGUUUUGAGCGCAAAAAGUUUGAAAUACGCUGCGGCGAAUCGCGCAUCACUUUGUACGCCAGCACGGAUGAGAAAAACAAGCUGCUGUUAACGCUAUGCAAGGACACGCAUCAGUGGAGCAUGAAGCUUGCAGCGCGUUGCAAGGAGCUGCAGCAUAAGCGCGAGCAGGAGGAGGCGGAAACGCAAUCGCUGCAUGCGAGCUACGCUUGCAGUCGCUCACUGCAUUUGCCCUACAAAAGCAAAAACGAGCAGCGCAUUUCUGUUAUAAGCAGCACCAGCUCCAAUACCACAUCAGGCAUUGUAAGCGAUCGCGUGCACUCCGAGGAUGAGCUGGAGAUUAUGAUUAACACGCCGCCAGCGCCGCUAGCUGCGCCUUCAACUGAAAGUUUAGCGCUCGCGCAUUUGCUGGAUCGUCCAAGCGUCAGCAGACAAACCAGCUCAGUGGGCGCUUUGUCGCUCAAAGAGCUGGAGCAGCAGCUGGCUACAGUUGCUACAGCAGCUGCGCCUGAGCCGCCAGCCAGCAAUGAUUCGCCCAGCUCAGCGCAUAACAUAGGCAGCCAAUGCUCCAGCACCUGCAGCACAGUUGUGGUCAGCACUGCAGCGCCGCUGGCUGUUGCGCACUCCAGCUGCUCGAGUCUCGAGCUUGGCUUUAGUCACACAGCGCAAAACUCCGCGCUAAGCGAAACUGUGCACGAUGAAACUGAAAGCGUUAGCGGCGUCUCGGGCGUCUACACUUUAACGCAUGGCCUGGCGCCGCCUACAGAAACCAGCGGCGUCUACACCAUGCACAGCAGCGAGUUAACCGAGCAGUGCUCGGAGCGCGCUGAUUCAGAGCAAAGCUGCAAAGCGAGCGCCGCUAGCAACAGCAAAACCUUAAGCGAUUUUCGUCUGCGCUCAGAUUCUAAUAUCAGCACCAGCAGCAGCUUUCGUGGCGAUGGCAGCGAUCCCACAGACAAGCAGCAGGCGCUGCUAUCAGCAGAUGAGCUUACUAAGCUAAUAGUAGGGCGUGGCACUUAUCCUAGUUGUCAAGCUGUUGCCAGCAACAUGCUAAGCGAUUGUGACUAUGUUAGUCAAGCUACAGCGCCGCCGCCGUACAGCGCGCGGCAUGAAAAGACGGGACUAUGUGGUCCACCCAUACAGCCGGAAAAGCAAGCAGCAGCAACAGUUGCUGUUGUGCCAGCAGCAGUGCCCACGCCGCCGCCAGCAGCUGCAGCGCCUGCACCACCAGUUGCUCCCUUGAGACGCCGCGAUCCACCACCCUACGCCAGCAGCAGCAAACCACGUCCCACUUCAUUAAUUACGCUGCCUGCUGCGCCUUCGAGCUGCUUAAGCUCACCCAAAGCGGAGGAGCUGCAAGCGCGCUUCAUUACCACGCGCUCGCAUAUAAACAUUCUAAAGGCGCACACCAGUUUGCUGCCCGAUGGCGCUAAGCCCAGCUAUGCUGCACCCACCACACAUUCCUCUGCUGCUUCCAGCAGCGCUUCCAUAUGCAGCCACCAGCUUAGCCAGCAAUCGCUGCAUAAUUCCAACUACGCCAGCAGCUCCGCUUUGCUGCAACACUUGCCGCAUCAUCGUCACAGCGGCUCCGCAGCCAUUGGCAUACCCAUUGUGCCUUAUGGGCUGCAUCACAAGAGCAGCGCCAGCUUGCAUCAUCAGCCGCAUCGUCAUCAUGCGCAGCAGCGUCAUCAUGCGCAUCAUCUGCAGCAGCAGGAGCCGGCGCCAUGCGUUUUGGUUCCUUUGAUUAAGCCGCGUCAGUUUCUGCCGCCGCCUCCGCCCAGUUUGCCACGCCAGCCGCCGCCGCCGCCACCGCCCAAUGCGCAUGCGCAUCUCACUUCGCUCUAUGGCGCGCAGCUGACGCGCACGCCGCUCGAGCUUUACCAGCAGCAGCUCUACAGCGAUGUCGACUAUGUUUUCUAUCCACUGCAAGAUCCCGCUGUGAGCCAGCAGGAGUAUCUGGAUGCCAAGCAAAGCUCGCUGCUGGCUGCCAUGGCCGCCCAAUCGCCUGCUCCUUAUGUCGCCGCCUAUCCCGCUGGCUGGGACACUUGCAAGGGUCACGCCAUUUAUCGCAGCACUCCCUACUUGCCGCUCGCCUGUUCGCGCUACGCCUCCACGCAGAAUCUAUCGGACACCUAUGUGCAGCUGCCCGCUGGCGCCGGCUACUCGCCGCUCUACUCGCCCUCCAUGGCCAGUCUAUGCAGCAGCUACGAGCCGCCGCCGCCACCACCGCCGCUGCAUCCAGCCGCCGCCGCUUUGGCCGCUUCCAAUCUCUUUGCACGCUCACGAUCGCGUUCAGAUGAUAACAUACUGAAUUCGCUUGACUCGUUGCCGCUGCCCAAGAUGAAGCGUCUGCCGCCGCCGCCGCCACCACCUUAUGUCAAUCGGCUAAAGAAGCCGCCCAUGCCAGCGCCCAGUGAGCAGCCGCCGCCAAUACCCUGCAAGCCCAGCGCCAGCUGCAUGCCCAGCCAGCUGCACAUGUUGCCGCCGCGCAAGCCGCCAACGCUGAAUCCGCACAGCGCCAACAGUCCGCUUACCAAAACCUCAAGCGGCGCGCAAUGGGCUGGCGAGCGUCCCAAGCCGGAUCUGGGUCUAGGCUACAAUCGCAACAACAACAGCAACAGCAUCUUGGCGCAGCUGCAAGCUUCCAUGGCUGCCAGCCAAGCUGCUGCUCAAGCUAAUCCGCUGGACAUUGCGCUGCUGCGUGAGAAGAGCAAACAUUUGGAUCUGCCGCUCAUCUCAGCGCUGUGCAAUGAUCACUCGCUGCUGAAGCAAACGAAGCUAAUGACAACAACAGCUACAGCAACAACAACAACUGCAGCAGCAGCAACAACAACAACAGCGAAUACAACAACUCUAACAACAACAACAACAGCAACAGCAACUGUUAAUGGCACCGGCACGCUGAACAAAACGCGCAGCAAACUCGCCGCCAUUAGCCAUCGCCAUCCGCAGGACAAGCUGCCGCCGCUGCCCGUGCAGCUGGCGGAGGCCAACAACUAUGUCAUGGAUCCAGCCAUGAAGCACCACAAGGCCUACAACUCGCAGUCACAAACGCAGUCACAGUCACAGUCGCAAACCUAAGCGCCCAAAAUCUUUUACCUUUGGCCAACGAGCUGCGAGACGCUUCCACUCUACGCUCUCUAGUUGAAAUGAAAAUUUAUACGUUUAUAGUUUUGUUUGUGUGUGCGCUAAGAAUUUGCAUAGAUGAGCCACAGCCAUUGGGAGCGACAGACAGACAGAGACCAAGACCAACACCAAGACCAAGACCAAGAAAUUUAUAACAAGCAACCUCAACAACAAUUUAAAACAGAACCCAGUCUAGUCAAUUUAGGUAUGGGGCCAACUGAAAAAUAGCAACAGUAACAAAAAUCAGCGACGACAACAACAAUACUCAAGUAUAAAAUACGUUUACUUAAUUUGUUUACUUAGGACUUAGGACUACUGCUAAUUGCUGCUCGCAUAUAUAUGUUUUAUAUAUAUUUAAACGGCAAACUACUUAAACUUACACUGAACUACUUCCGCCCAAACAACUGUGAUUUGAUUUUUUUAUAUAAACUUAAUUAUAACAACAAGAAACAACGCAAAAAAUCUUUAAACUAUGCAAAUUUUUAGUUAGUUGGAUUAAUCCUGCGCGCCAUACACACUCCAAGCCUAUUGAACAAUUUUAAAUAUUUUAAUUUUGAUUUUUUUCGAACAAUGCAACUAAAGAAUUUCUAGAGUGAGCGCACUCGUUAUGCCAAUUUAUUUUAUAUAUCUUUUUUUAUAUAUAUAGUUAAUGCCUAGGCUUGCC